AUGAGUAAGGUUGGCCUUUUGUUCCGAGCGAUCGGCUCGUUGAUCUCUCUGAUAACCCGCAUCACCUUCAACAUUGUUCACUACGCCAGCCGCCUGGGAUCGCUGGGUGUGACAGUCUAUACUGUGGGCGAGUACUCUCACAGCUUCAUCAAAGACAAACCUCGAGGUAAGGAGACGAACGUACGCGUAGAUCGCGGUCAAGGCCAGCCAAAAUUAUUUUAACACAGUAGAAGAAGGUACACAGUGGAGGGCGGAACGGCGGGGUUCUUGUAUGAGUUGGCGGAUUCAUAAUUUGUAACUGACUAUUCUCACACGGUGUCUUCACUACGGUUGCUAUGAAGAUGCAACAUCAGUUUGUAGUUUAGCGGGUUAAAAGUUAUAGAAUUAGGUAUAAGUGGCACUUGUGUAUAGUUUUUGACGUCGUACACAGCUUUUUAUGAUACCUAUAUUCGUAUAAUAGACACUUUUGUGCCUUAAGGUUCAAAAUUGGAACCCUGUCUAUGAAGACGGUCGUAAAAUAGCUAUAACUAAACCAGGACUGUCAAUUCAGUUGUCCUUAACGCAACCUCCACGGAGGAAUACAAAAAGUCGGGGAACUAAAGGGAAAUGGUCUCGACUGCCGCUCGCCUAUCCAACGCGUCUUUGCAGUUCGAUGAGAUGACCACCUUCCCCAUAUAUCCCCUAUUUGUGGGGUGGUGUUCACUCCAACUAAGGUUGCCACGUGUUGGAUUAACUUUACCGUCCCAACAACGGGUUUCAGGCAGCCACGUUCACGAUGAAUAAUGUAGCGAUCCUUUUGAUAGCGAGCUGAACGUUGUUUUUGGGAUUAUAAGCUGACAGUUUCAAAGUAAACAGCGACUGCUAUAUUGACAUUGAAACAAGUUGUUAUUAGUAAUGGAUCUAAGAAUGUUAGUUUUCUUCAUAGGGAUGUAAAAUUAGUUUAAAGCCAGGUUUAAUAUCGGUGAUAUAAUCGGCUGUAACUGCCAUAAUCGAGUGUAAUGUCAAUACCUUCCUCUGACCUUUGCGUGAUCUUAAUCUAGCCGUUUGUGAAGACUUUCUUGUUUAUAGCCGGUGUUUGCUUCAGAAACGGGUUGGUAACUGUCUAAAUAUGGGUAAGGCUUCUCGUCGUCAGUACUCUCGCGAGCAGGAAUACGUUCCAGCUGAGGAUUUGCCAGGCAAAGGUAACAGACUCUCUUCCAUGGGUAUAACACACAAUGGGGCAGUUUUGAGGCUGUGAAGGGCCAUACAAUAGUACUUAAAAAUAUUUUUUAAUCUUGAGAAAUAUUAUUUUAGUUACCCAACAUGUUAUUUAUCAUAACCUGUUUCAGUACUAGAAAUCCUGAAAUGGAGAGACCCCAAGAAGAGCGGAGUCGCCCUCGGCCUGUCCCUGUUGGCCCUGGUCUUGAUUGCUAAGUUCUCGGUGAUCUCACUCAUUGCCUGGACCUCUUUGACCAUCCUGGCCGGAACCCUUGGCUUCAGAGUCUACAAACUGGUGGAGAGUCACCUAAAGAAGACCGAUGGAUCAAAUCCUUUCAAGGAAUACCUGGAGCCAGAGAUCUCGGUCCCACAAGAGAAGGCCCACGCCCAAGUCGAUGUUCUCGUACAAUACGGCCAAGAUUUGUUGAGAAGCCUACGUCGUCUGUUCUUGGUCGAGAACGUGUGCGACUCCAUCAAGUUCGGAGUCUUGUUGUGGACCCUCACCUACAUUGGAGCCUGGUUCUCCGGAAUCUGUUUGGCCACACUUUGUAAGUCUUUUUUUAAAUUUAACUCAAAGUAAUAUAAAACUGAAUAAAAAGGAUUGAAUCUUGAUUUAUUUAUAUUGCUAUGAAAAUUAAAAAAAAACCAUAAACACUUACUAUAAUAUCGUGCCAUUUCAGUCGUCCUGGCCUUGUUCACCCUCCCCAAGGUCUACGAACUGUACCAAGAGCCAAUCGACGAGUACAUCGAGUUGGCCAAGACCAAUGUCGAGAAAGUGAACGCUGUGUAAGUCCUCAAUCCUUAAGGUUUGAUUCCCAUUUUAGGCUCCAAGAGAAACUACCCUUCCUGAAGCCGGCCGUCACGGAAGCCAAGAAGGAAGAAUAA